AUGUUCAACCAGUACAUGCAGAAGAUAGACAAGGUAUUCCAGCAGAUUGACACUAACUUUCAGAAUCAACAAGCAUCCAUUAAGAAGCUGGAAACCCAAAUUGGUCAGAUAGCUCAACAGCUUGCAGAACGCCCACAAGGAACAUUGCCAGGCAACACAAUGGUCAAUUCAAAAAAGCAAGUGCAAGCUAUUACAACUAGAAGUGGAGUGCAACUUCCAGAAAUACAUGUGAAGAGACCAGACAGAAAAGACAACGAAGUAAUGGAUGAAGAGGUUGGGAUAGAAGCAGAGUCUGAACAACCAACUAAUGAGGAGGAUAAAAGGAAAGAAACACCCACAGUGAGAGCACCCAGCCCCGUGAAAGCUUAUGUACCCCCAAUUCCCUUUCCUCAAAGGUUACAAAGAAAGAAGUUGGACACGCAGUUUACCAAGUUUGUGGAGAUUUGUAAGAAAAUGCACAUCAAUAUUCCGUUUGCAGAUACAAUAGCCCAAAUGCUCAGCUAUGGAAAAUUCAUGAAGGAGAUCCUGUCUAACAAAAGGAAGCUGGAAGAACAUGAGACUGUCUGCCUAAACGAGGAGUGCAGUGCAAUUCUAUUGAAAAAGCUACCUCCUAAACUAAGUGACCCAGGGAGUUUUACGAUACCUUGCACAAUUGGUUCUAACUAUGUUGAGCAUUCUUUAUGUGAUUUAGGUGCCAGUGUUAAUUUGAUGCCCCUCUUUGUUUACAGGUCUCUUGGAUUAGGAUAA